AUGUCGAUCAAGCGCGCUUUGUCCAAGAUCAAGCCCAAAUCCGAUGAGGAUUCUACGUCCUCUGGCGGCGGCGGCAGCACCAACAGAAUAUCGAUCUCCUCUAUCGCCUCUCCGCGUCGCAGCAUCUUCAGCGGUUUCUUGCGCGACCGCGAUGAUGUCUCUUCCUCGGACGAUAUCUCCGAUGACUCUUCUAACGCCGGCUCCAUGAGCAAAAACCAGCAGAAGCGCUUGGCUCGGGAACAGCGUCGGAGAGAGCGCAGCCGGCUCAGUGAGGAACACCAUUUAGAUGAUUCCGAACGACGCCAGAAGGAGGAAGAGAUCGCAGUCGCCGCCAGCCAAGAGACAGCCGAGAUGAAGCUGCGAUAUGGAGAACUGCCGUUGAUGCAAUCGAGCACCCGUCUGCGAGAGCCCCGCGUUCGCCUGGAGAACAUCUCCGCCGCCAAUGUCGGCCAGGAGGUCCUCUUCACCACUCGUCUGCACAUUGUGCGUCGCAUGAGCUCGAAGCUGGUCUUCCUGAUCUUCCGUCAGCAGCUCACCACUUUCCAAGGUGUGCUCCACGAAGUCCCCGGGGCGAAGUCCAUUGCCAUGAUCCAGUGGGCGGAGCAUCUGCGACUGGGAUCCAUUGUGCAUGUGCGCGGCAUCGUCCAGGCCCCCGAAGUGCCCGUGUUGGGUUGCAGCAUCCACGAUGUCGAGUUGCGCAUCGAGCAGAUCCAUCUGGUGGUUCAUCGGGAGGAACCCGUGCCCUUCAGUGUCUACGAGGCCGAGAUCCGCACUGCCGAAGAGGAACGCGUCGAGGGCCGUCGCAGCCACAUUUCGGACCGCACCCGACUCAAUAACCGUCUCCUGGACUUGCGGACUCCGACGGCGCAGUCCAUCUUCCGCAUCCAGUCCGCUCUGAGUAAUAUCUUCCGAUCGUCCCUUGACGAGCAAGGUUUUAUCGAAAUCCAUACCCCCAAGCUCCAAGGCUCGGCCACCGAGUCGGGCGCUAGUGUCUUCCAAGUCAACUAUUUCGGUCGGGAUGCCUUCUUGGCCCAGAGCCCCCAGCUCGCCAAACAAAUGUGCAUUGCAGCCGAUUUUGGCCGAGUCUAUGAGAUCGGUGCCGUCUUCCGAGCGGAGAACUCCAAUACCCACCGUCACUUGACGGAAUACACUGGUCUGGAUCUCGAAAUGGCCAUCGAGGAGCAUUACCAUGAGAUGCUGGAGGUGCUUGAUGCCGUCAUCAAGAACAUCCUCACGGUUGUCUAUGGCCGUUACCGCAAGGAAGUGGAGAUUGUGAAGCAUCAAUUCCCGUCGGAGGAUGUCGUGUGGCUGGAGCAAACCCCCAUCAUCCGCUUUGCAGACGGCAUCAAGAUGCUCAAUGAUUCCGGCUGGCGCGACGAAGAUGGAAAUCCGCUGCCCGAUGAUGAGGAUCUACACACCCGCGAUGAGAUUCGUCUGGGCGAGCUGGUCAAGGAGCAGUACGGCACCGAUUACUACAUCCUCGAUAAGUUCCCCACCGGCGCGCGUCCUUUCUACGCCAUGCCUGACCCCGAAGACCCGCGCUUUACCAACUCCUUCGAUAUCUUCAUCCGAGGCCAGGAGAUCGUCUCCGGUGGCCAGCGUAUCCACGACCCUCACAUGUUGGAGGAAAAUAUGCUUCGCUGGGGCAUCAACCCGGAGUUGAUGGAUGAUUAUAUGGAGGGUUUCCGCUGGGGUGCGCCUCCCCAUGCCGGCGCGGGUGUUGGUCUUGAGCGUCUGCUGAUGCUGCUCCUGAAAUUGGGCAACAUUCGCCUGGCCUCGCUCUUCCCUCGUGAUCCCAAGAGCUUCCCCGCGAAGCCCCCCGUUCUGCAGCUUCGCCACCCUGAGUCGUCGACCGUUGAGCCUCCAUGGGUACGAGAGAAAGAGGGCCAGCGCGCCAAGGACGAGAGCCAGCUGCAACCAUUGGAACACUUGAUCGCCAACUACGGAGAUGCUACUUCCACUUCGUGGGGGGAUGAGCGGUUCAAGAUUUGGCGAGACAUGGCCACCGGCGCGGCCGUCUCCUACGUCCCCAGCACCAACAACUAUGCGGUGAUUCCCGGCAACCCCCUCUGCGACCCCGCCCAAUACAAUCGUGUCAUCACCCAAUUCCUGCACUGGAUGCGGCGCGAGACCAAGUACAAGCCCAUCUGGCUUCUCUGCUCGCCCGAAGUUGAGACUAUCCUGGGUGAGAAACUGGGUUGGCGCAGCUUGUCUUGCAUUGCCGAGGAGCGCGUCGACCCAUCCCGUAACCAGGCCGCAUCCGACGGUGAGAUUGCCCGCAAGAUUCGCCGCGCACAAAAUGAAGGCAUCAAGGUUGUGGAGAUGAAGUAUGGUGAGAUGGUGCCGGACGAUGCUCGUGAGAAGAUCGAAGCCCGCAUCCAAGACUGGCUUGCCAACCGGAAGGGUGCUCAGGUGCAUCUGUCUGAGAUUCACCCUUGGCGCGACCCCGAGCACCGCUGGUAUUUCUACGCGGUGGACAAGUCUGGCACCAUCUGCGCGUUUGUUGCUCUGGCCAUGUUGUCCCCCCAGCACGGCAUGCAGGUCAAAUACAGCCUCGACUUCCCGGGCUCCCCCAACGGUGUCAUCGAGUACCUUUUGACGCAUGCCAUCCAGACUGCGGCCGCGUCUGGCGUCAAGUCCCUCACAUUCGGCGCCGGUGCGACAGCGACCCUGACACCUGGUCACAACAUGCAUGGAACCAAGAUCAAGAUGCUGCAGCACACCUACGAGACUCUGGCCAAGCAAUUCCACCUGGUGCGCAAGAGUGAAUUCAGAGCCAAACUGGGAGCCCACGACGAACCCCUCUACAUUGCCUACCCGCCCCACGGCCUUGGCUCGAAAGGCAUCCGGGCCGUCUUGCACUUUUUCGAGGAUUAA